CAGCCGGGGGCAAAAACAAGCCCCUCUCCCCCUUCAGGAAGCGAGGCAGCCUGCAGUACACAGCCAGCACAGCAGACGCCAUCCUGGGCCAUUUGCUGUUUGGCAUGCUCCAUCUCCCUGCCAGGACAGCCUCUCUCUCCUCUCUCUGUGUCUCUCUCUCCUCUCUCGGCCCUGCUAGCUGCUGGUUAACGCAGGCUCUGAGGAGACAGUUGAUCUCCGUGGUGCCCGCCACCUCCUCACUUCCCAGCAUUCCUUGCCUGGGAUCCCCGUCUCAUUGAAGCAAUCCAUUGACCUGCGUACAUCCAUGGACGGGAAGUACAAGGAGAUUGCCGAGGAGCUUUUCUCCCGCAGCCUGGCAGAGAGUGAGAUGCGCAGCGCCCCCUAUGAAUUUCCAGAGGACAGCCCCAUCGAACAGCUGGAGGAGAGACGUCAGCGCCUCGAGCGACAGAUCAGCCAGGAUGUCAAGUUUGAACCCGACAUCCUGCUGCGAGCCAAACAGGAGUUCAUGAAGACUGACAGUGCCACAGAUCUGGAAUACAUGAAGGAGCAGAGCCAAACUCCUGACCUGCCGAGAGAGCUGGUUCCAGAGAGAGAGUACCAACGGGUCACUAUUUCUGGAGAGGAGAAAUGUGGGGUCCCCUUCACAGAUCUGCUGGAUGCUGCCAAAUGUGUGGUGAAGGCCCUGUUCAUAAGACAGAAGUACAUGGGUCUGUCGCUGCAGAGCUUCUGCAGGACCACCGCUCGUUACCUGCAGGAGCUCAGUGAGAGACCCCUGGACUUAGAUAUCUAUGAGGAGGAGUUCCCAGAGACAGCAGAGACCACAGUAAUUGCAGAUGCCACAGUGCACCCACCUGUUUCUAAAACGCACCCCUAUGUGAACCGGGACCCUGCCAGCAUGCCCCCUGAUAUGGGUUACGGCUGCAAGAUGGUGGGCGGUGUCAUGCAUGUGUACACGACGAGGAACAUAAUGGAAAAGAGCACAGAGCUGGACCUGCCGUAUCCAGACCUGCAGGAAUACAUCGCUGAUAUGAACGUCAUGAUGGCCCUCAUUAUCAACGGACCAGUAAAAUCCUUCUGCUACCGGCGUCUGCAGUAUCUCAGCUCCAAGUUCCAGAUGCACAUCCUUCUGAAUGAGAUGAAAGAACUGGCAGCGCAGAAGAAAGUCCCACAUCGAGACUUCUACAAUAUCCGCAAGGUCGACACACAUAUCCACGCUUCGUCCUGUAUGAACCAGAAGCAUCUUCUGCGUUUUAUCAAAAGAGCCAUGAAGAAAUAUCCUGCAGAGAUUGUGCAUGUGGAAAGAGGAAAGGGUCAGACGCUCAUGGAGGUGUUUGAGAGCAUGAACCUCACAGCCUUCGACCUGAGUGUGGACACCCUGGACAUGCAUGCAGACCGUAACACUUUCCAUCGCUUUGACAAGUUCAAUGCCAAAUACAAUCCCAUUGGCGAGUCCAUCCUGAGAGAGAUCUUCAUCAAAACGGACAACCACAUCGAGGGGAAAUACUUUGGUCACAUUAUUAAGGAGGUUAUGGCUGACCUGGAGGAGAGCAAGUACCAGAACGUGGAGCUGAGGCUGUCAAUCUAUGGGCGCUCCAGAGACGAGUGGGACAAACUGGCCAAGUGGGCUGUCAAACAUCAGGUCUACUCAAACAAUGUGCGCUGGCUCGUGCAAGUGCCGCGACUUUUUGAUGUCUACCACACAAAGAGACAGCUGUCCAACUUCCAAGAGAUGCUGGAGAACAUCUUCAUGCCUCUGUUUGAAGUUACAGUCAACCCCGGCAGCCAUCCAGAGUUGCACCUCUUCCUUCAGCACGUUGUGGGGUUUGACAGUGUGGAUGACGAGUCGAAACCAGAGCAACAUAUCUUCAACCUGGACAGUCCGCUGCCAGUCAACUGGACCGAGGAGGACAACCCGCCCUACUCCUACUACCUCUAUUAUAUGUAUGCAAACAUGACUGUUCUGAAUCACCUGCGCAGGCAGCGGGGGUUUCACACACUUGUACUACGUCCUCAUUGUGGCGAGGCGGGGCCGAUCCAUCACCUGGUGUCUGGUUUCAUGCUGUCGGAGAACAUCUCCCACGGGUUGCUGCUCAGGAAGGCUCCUGUGCUCCAGUAUCUGUACUACUUGGCUCAGAUAGGCAUCGCCAUGUCUCCCCUCAGCAAUAACAGCCUGUUCCUCAGUUACCAUCGCAACCCUCUACCAGAGUACCUGUCCAGAGGCCUGAUGGUCUCUCUGUCUACAGAUGACCCACUGCAGUUUCACUUCACCAAGGAGCCGUUGAUGGAAGAGUACAGCAUCGCUGCUCAGGUGUGGAAGCUGAGCUCCUGUGAUAUGUGUGAGCUGGCGAGAAACAGCGUGCUGAUGAGCGGAUUCUCUCAUAAGGUGAAGAGCAACUGGCUUGGCCCAAACUACAUCAAGGAGGGACAGGAGAGCAAUGACAUCAGGCGCACCAACGUUCCUGACAUCCGUGUGGCGUACCGGUACGAGACCAUGUGUGAGGAGUUGAAUUUAAUCACACAGGCGAUCCGCACAGAUGAGCUGGAGACCAUCGAGGAGGAGGGCAGUCUGUGUAUGGCGGCUGUGCAGGGAGAGAAGUGAACACGCCGCACAACACAACACAACAAAAUUCUCACUACAUUCCCUGUUUUCACAUUGGGACUUUGUACAGAUUUGCAUAUGAACAUAUCACACCUGUGAAAGGAGAAAAGCUUUGUUACAAAGAGAUUAUGAGAGUCGCCACUGUGGCGAGAGGACCUACAAUCUGUGUACAUGAGGUGUUUACUUCCUUCUUCAGUUUCUUUGAGUUAUUCUUUGUUAAAUUUGUCGCAGUGAUUUCAAGAUGUCUCUUGAUCUAUUUAUUUUUAAAUGAUUAUAUUUUCAUGGUUUGUGGCCAGAUUUCUGUCAAUGUCUCUGUACAAAGUCUGUAUUUCAUGUAGAAAGCCUGGUACAAUUCUCACCUUCAAAAUGUUACCUAUCAAUACAACUUACACACUGGAUCCCACAGUGACUGAUUAAAGAAGACAAUCAGGAACAAUUUUGCAAAGUAAAGAGCCUGUUACUGCUUGCAGGGCCGUAGCUAACAUUUAGGACACUGAGGUCAUGUACUUGGUAUCUUUUCUGGCAGUUUGAGGGUUUUGUUACCGUAGUUUUGAGGCGUCAUUAUCUAACAGUCAGUUUUUAUAGACUCCACAUAUUUAAAGUCCAGAUGAAACAGUAAUUUUGAGAUUAUCUAACUUCUGCAUCGUGACGUAUUUUCAAGUGAAACAGGAUAGACAGGCUGGACAUAACAUUGGGAGGAAUUUGAAACGUUGAAUGUAGAAAAGUUGGCGUGUCAUAAUGAAGUUGACGAUUGAUUGAUGGGUGGAUGUCAUGACAUUAUUGGUUGAAAUAGGUUGGUUCAAGCCUACGUAAGCACACGUCAUAUUUUGCUUUACAGGAAGAAAACAUGAUUGGAUUUUGAUAUAAGAAUACAAAAGGAAUGGAUUAUUUUUGGGGCAUAUAUUGUUAAAUAGGUGCACAAUAUGACCGAGGAUGUGAUCUCAAAGAGUUCAUUUUUCAUCUCGACUUUAAAUUUGACUACAAAAUAAAUAAACAAAUGCACAGAGUAGAGAACAACAUUUAGACCUUCAUUUUGGGGGAAAAAACGGCAACACUUUAUUUUAUGGUCCUAGAAAGUUUCCUGUGCAGAACUAUAUAACCUGGUAUUCAUUUUAGGGGGAAGAUCUGAGAUAGUUAUUAGUUAGUUGUUAGUAGUUGUUGAUUUCCAGAUAAAUUUCCUUGUAAGUACUCCUCAAUUUAAAUAAAACUUGCAGAAAAUAUAAAUGAACAGCUAACUGAAUAUAUGAAGUAUAAAUAAUCCAAAUAAUAAAAAGAGAAUGUAUUAUUUAUUUAGAGACUUUCUUUUUGGUAUUGGGGGGGUGACAGCGGUAUUUCUAACAUCCUGGCUACGGCCCUGAUUAUUUACCAAAUCACCAACUUUUGCAGCAGAAUCUGUGAACAUGUUACUGCAAAAACCUUCAAAGAAUAUUUUAGUCCCAUUAGAAACACUACAUGAAUUGUUUUUGUCUGUUAGUUUGCAUUUUAAACUGUAAUUAACCACAGGACAAUACCUCAUGCUGUAUAACUGGUUGAUCUUCAGUAUUCCUGCUACUGGCAGUUAUAUUAAUUACAUGUUUCCUACAGCUGCUCCUUGUGAUAUUCUUACUGUUUAUUUUUCUUUUACAGUCUUUACAGUGAUUCAGUAGGGUUGCAUGAAGGCAUGUCACUAUCGUUUCUGGUGUGCAGUAAUGCUACUAAGUUGUAGCGUCUGAUUAUACUAACUCUUACUUUGUGACAUUGUUUCUACUGAGUCUGAACUUUAACUCCUGAUACCAUCUGACCUUUACACGUAUAUAUUUGAAAUACGUACAUUGCUGACUACAGUGAAUAAUGCAUGAUCUGUUCCAGUUUUAUGUAAUUUUACUCCUUGCACAACUUCAACCGGUGCCGUGAAUCACAAAAAAACUUCCACCAGUGCCAAAGUCAUGAGUAAAACAUUUUUUCAGAGAACUUAAAGUCAACUAAACUGAUGAACCUUUUUGAAACUCCUGCCUUGUCCUGAUGUUAUCAGGAGGACGACUUGUUGCUACUCAAAAGCAAUGUGUGUGCUCCCUCGUGAUUCUAUGUGUUGUUUGUGAAAUAUUAUUUAAUGACAUCUGUGUCUAUGAAAAAUAAAUGUUGUUCACACUGGA